UCAGCAGAGGGAGGAUGAAAGCUUAGAAAGAGAGAGAGAGAGCUUAACAGCACAGCCAAGGCAAUAUAAGGCCUGACGUUCUCUUAAAGCGGCUGCUGGAGCAACACGGAGACAGAGCAAGAGCAACACUCCCCCUGACAGUGUGUGUGUGUGUGUGUGUGUGUGUGUGCGCGUAUGUUCUGUGUACACACAGUGGCUUCAUCAGUGUGUCACACUCCCCCUUUUCUUGUACAGUCGCCGGUUAUCAGGUCCAGGGCAGCACUUUCUGCCUCAUUCAUUUGUUUACGUCCUGAGCAGCUGCUCUUACCCACUGAUUGUAGCCCACAGAAUUCAGGAUGCUGGUGUAUUUUGGAGGGGUGAAGAAUGGUCUUGGACUGCUGGCUCUGCGGAGGGCGUACCUGCUCUCUCGCUCUGCCCACACCUCGCCACAGACCCUCGAGUAUCGGCCAAUCAAAAAGGUCAUGGUAGCCAACAGAGGUGAGAUAGCGAUCCGGGUGUUCCGAGCAUGUACAGAGCUGGGGAUCCGGACAGUGGCAGUGUAUUCGGAGCAGGAUACGGGACAGAUGCACAGACAGAAAGCAGAUGAAGCCUACCUGAUUGGCAAAGGCCUUCCCCCGGUUUCUGCCUACCUACACAUACCUGACAUCAUCAAAGUGGCCAAGGAGAAUAAUGUGGAUGCCAUCCACCCUGGUUAUGGCUUUUUGUCGGAGCGCUCUGACUUUGCUCAGGCCUGUGAGGACGCUGGGGUCAGAUUCAUCGGCCCAAGUCCAGAGGUAGUGCGCAAGAUGGGUGAUAAAGUGGAGGCUCGUGCCCUGGCCAUCCAAGCUGGUGUUCCGGUGGUUCCUGGGACGGAUGCCCCCAUAUCUUCUCUGCAGGAGGCUCAGGAAUUUGCCAAGACCUACGGCUUCCCCAUCAUUUUUAAAGCUGCCUAUGGAGGAGGCGGCCGAGGCAUGCGGGUGGUCAGAGAGUACGAGGAGUUGGAAGAGAACUAUCAGCGAGCGUACUCCGAGGCUCUUGCUGCUUUUGGAAACGGCGCUCUGUUUGUGGAGAAGUUCAUAGAGAAACCACGCCACAUCGAGGUGCAGAUUCUAGGUGAUAAAUAUGGAAAUGUGAUUCAUUUGUAUGAGCGAGACUGUUCCAUUCAGAGACGCCAUCAGAAGGUAGUGGAAAUUGCCCCCGCUGCUCAGCUGGACCCUCAGCUCAGAGACAAACUCACUUCCGACUCAGUCAACCUGGCCAAGCAGGUGGGCUACGAGAACGCAGGCACAGUGGAGUUUCUGGUGGACAAACAUGGCAAGCACUACUUCAUUGAGGUCAACUCCCGCCUACAGGUGGAGCACACUGUUACCGAGGAGAUCACUGAUGUGGAUCUGGUUCACGCUCAGCUACGCGUGUGUGAAGGCCGGAGUCUUCCUGAGCUCGGGCUCAAACAGGACAAGAUCAAGAUUAACGGCUGCGCCAUCCAGUGCCGAGUCACCACUGAGGACCCUGCUCGUGGCUUCCAGCCAGACACCGGCCGUAUAGAGGUGUUUCGGAGUGCGGAGGGGAUGGGCAUUCGUUUGGACAGCGCUUCUGCGUUCCAGGGUGCGCUUAUAUCACCACAUUAUGACUCCCUAUUGGUCAAAGUCAUCGCCAGUGGAAAGGAUUUGCCCACAGCGGCCAGUAAGAUGCUCCGAGCUCUUGCAGAGUUUCGCAUCCGUGGGGUGAAGACGAACAUUCCCUUCCUGCAGAACGUUCUGAGUAAUAAUCAGUUUCUGUACAGUACAGUGGAUACACAGUUUAUUGAUGAGAAUCAGGACCUGUUCAACCUCAAACGCACUCAGAACCGUGCACAGAAGCUCCUGCAUUACCUGGGACAUGUGAUGGUAAAUGGGCCAACCACUCCAAUCCCCGUCAAAGCCAAGCCCUCCUCUACAGAUCCAGUCAUUCCUUCUGUUCCUAUGGGUGAGGCCCCGGCUGGUUUCCGUGAGGUCCUGCUGAAGGAGGGUCCGGAGGGUUUUGCACGGGCAGUGAGACAGCACCAAGGUCUGCUGCUGAUGGACACAACAUUCAGAGACGCUCAUCAGUCACUGUUGGCCACCCGCGUGAGGACACACGACCUGAAAAAAAUUGCCCCGUAUGUUGCCCACAACUUCAGCAACCUCUUCAGCCUGGAGAAUUGGGGAGGUGCUACAUUUGAUGUAGCUAUGAGGUUUCUCUAUGAGUGCCCAUGGCGCAGGCUGCAGGAGCUGAGAGCGUUAAUACCCAAUGUGCCUUUCCAGAUGCUGCUGAGAGGAGCCAACGCAGUCGGAUACACCAACUACCCCGACAACGCUGUGUUCAAGUUCUGUGAAGUGGCGAAGGAGAAUGGGAUGGAUAUCUUCCGUGUUUUUGACUCUCUGAACUACCUGCCCAACAUGCUGCUGGGUAUGGAAGCAGCUGGCUCAGCUGGAGGAGUGGUGGAGGCGGCCAUCUCUUACACAGGAGAUGUUUCUGACCCCAUGAGACAGAAAUACUCCCUGGAUUACUAUAUACAGCUGGCAGAGGAGCUGGUCAAGGCGGGCACUCAUAUACUGUCCAUUAAGGAUAUGGCUGGCCUGUUGAAGCCCGAGCCAAGUCGCUUGCUGAUCACAGCGCUGCGGGAUCGUUUCCCUGACAUGCCCAUUCACGUUCACACUCACGACACAGCGGGCGCAGGUGUGGCAGCCAUGCUGGCAUGUGCUGAGGCGGGGGCGGAUAUAGUAGACGUCGCCGUGGACUCCAUGGCUGGAAUGACCUCUCAGCCCAGCAUGGGAGCUUUAGUGGCCUGCACCAAAGGAACCAAACACGACACUGGAAUCUCUCUGGAGAAGGUCUUUGACUACAGUGAGUACUGGGAGGUGACGCGUGGCCUCUAUGCUCCUUUUGACUGCACAGCCACUAUGAAGUCUGGGAACGCGGAUGUGUAUGAGAAUGAAAUCCCCGGAGGCCAGUAUACUAACCUGCACUUCCAGGCCCACAGCAUGGGUCUGGGUAACAAGUUUAAGGAGGUGAAAAAAGCGUAUGCUGAGGCCAACAAACUGCUGGGUGACCUUAUCAAGGUUACUCCCUCUUCCAAGAUCGUGGGUGAUUUGGCACAGUUCAUGGUUCAGAACUCUCUCUCUCGGGCAGAGGUAGAGGAGAGGGCAGAUGAGCUGUCCUUUCCCCUCUCUGUGGUGGAGUUUCUGCAGGGACACAUCGGUAUACCCCAUGGAGGCUUCCCUGAGCCAUUCAGGUCUAAGGUGCUGAAGUCGCUGCCUCGUGUGGAGGGUCGUCCUGGCGCCUCGCUGCCUGCCAUGGACUUCAAAAAACUGGAGGCUGACCUGCAAAUGGCGCAUGGUAGUGAAAUCACGCCUGAAGAUGUGAUGUCAGCAGCCAUGUACCCGAAAGUCUUCAACGAGUUCAAAGAGUUCAGACGCAACUUCGGUCCUGUUGACCGCCUGAACACCCGCCUGUUCCUGGACGGCCCCAAAAUUGCUGAGGAGUUUGAGGUUGAGUUGGAGAGAGGAAAGACACUACAUAUCAAAGCCCUGGCCUUAGGGGACUUGAACAAGGCUGGGCAGAGGGAAGUUUUUUUCGAGCUCAAUGGUCAGCUGCGGUCAGUCCUGGUCAAGGAUACAGUGGCCAUGAAGGAGAUGCACUUCCACCCGAAGGCUCUGAAGGACGUGCGUGGUCAGGUGGGCGCCCCCAUGCCGGGUAAAGUGGUGGAGGUGAAGGUGAAGCAGGGUCAGAAGGUGGAAAAAGGCCAGCCCCUCUGCGUCCUCAGUGCCAUGAAAAUGGAGACUGUGGUCAACUCUCCGCUCACAGGGACAGUGGCCAAGGUCCACGUCAAGGCUGACAGCAGUCUGGAAGGAGAUGACCUGAUCCUGGAGAUUACAGAGUAAAGGUUAAAGGUCAUGAACAGGGUAGAGGUCCCAAAGGUUUUAAAAGCUGCAGGGAGUCACUAAGACUGAUGAUCCUUGACUUCCUUCUGAUGAGAUAAAGGAUUAAGACAGGUGAACGUUUAGCUCAUCUAAUUAGUGUUUAAUUGGAGACCAUUAAUCUUGAAGCAGCCCCUGGCCAUAGAUAUACACAACCCAGGGUGGUGCAAUACCCAAUAUCAUUCAGCAGCACGUUUUCAUUUGAAAUUAUUUACAAUGUACAAUUACUACAGAAUUUUAUUACAAUUAAGUUAUUUACAGCUAUUAUCAGCUGUAUAUACAGCUUAUAUAGUUACAUAUACAGCUUUUCUCACUCUGGGGAAUAUUGUUCACAAAGCACAGUUUUUAUGGCCUUUGGAAAAAGUAUAUUUUUACACAUGGAUGAUUCUAAUUUUGAAAUUAAUGAAGCAAUAAUAUAUAGAUAUAUAUGUAUUAUGUUGAGUAAUGGGAAAUUGUAAUGAAUUCUGAAUUCCGAAUAUGUAAAUGUAUGUGUAUGUCUGUGGUGCUUUUCCUACAGCAACAUUUUUAAAAGGAUCUAAAUUUCAUUUUAUUUCAUUUUAAUGUUGCAUUAGUGAAGCGUAAAAUAAUGUUUAUGAGAAAUAUUAAUACUAAACUCUCCAGAAGAUGCUGUAAACACUGAAGCAGAAGAAUGGGAGCAUGGUCAUAAUAAUACCGUAAUCUGCAUCAUAUUUCACAUCGUAGCACAAGCAAUAAAGUCAAGUAAUAAUGAUUGCAUUAGAUAUUUAAAUUGCAGGGUAGCGCUAAUGUAUGAUUUAGCAUAACACUUUAGUACUCAGAAACUGUCCGAAUGUUUUCUGAAACCAGCUAUUAUUCUUGGCGUGGCUGACUGAUUAAAGGGAUUGUGCUCUUUGCUUGUAUACUGUAGCAAAGAAUGUGCGAUAAUCAUGCAUUUGACACAGUGAAAUCCUUCUUCUCCCUCCAACCCUCUCUCUCUUCACACGAUUUCUGCCUGGACGCUUCGCAACAUGACAAACGAAGGCCUGUCUUUCACGCGAAGCAGAGUGCUACUGCUUGUACUGGCACUGUAAGUGUAUACUCACUUAUUUAACAUGCUGUGAUGGGGUGUCUUCAUCUUCAAAUAUAAGUGCUGAAUCACCUCAAUCAAAGUUUUAUCUUUCUGCAGUUUUUCGAAAAGCCUGAACUGUUGUAAAGAGGGGAUUUGGGCUACAGCACAUUAUACCGUAGAAAUGAACAGCGCUCUGUAGACAGAGCUUAAAAAGGACAAAGUUCUAAUUAUGAUCAUUUAUAACUGAAAGCAUGAAGCAUGUAUUGUGAAUUGUCGAUGAAGCUUUAAAGCAGUAUGCUGGAACACACACAAAAUCCUUGACCCUGAAAUAGUCUGAGUGACCUUUAAGUAGCUUCUAAAAUUAAUAUUCCACUCAUGAAAGCUGUACUAAAAUGGAAAAUCGUCAGGCUGAAGAAAAAUCUGAUUUUGGCUUUCUGUGCAAUGACUGAUGCAGAAAUAGCCCAUGUAUACAGACGGUCUUAAGCCAGAGUUGCGGAAGUCUCUAUGGAUGCACUCCAGCUUCUGGUUUCAGUCUUUUAAACUGACUGGCUUAUAGAGGGCUUAGCAGACAGAGAGGAGGUAAGUAAGACGGAGAGAGAAGCUGUCUAUUUCUACUGGAAACUAUAGCCUUCACUGUAUCACAGGGUGUAAAGUGACUCUUCAAAAAGGCUUUAUCUAUCCAUACAAAUGUUCUUUCAUAGGAGCUGUUGGCAGGUUGGACAAGCUUUAAACAAGAACCUUGACAAAAUUCUCAUUCAAACUAAAAAGGAAUUGUGGCACACAUCAUAGUUCUUGUCAAAAUACUAUUAAGUUGGCUUUGUUAUCUCAUGUGCCUGCUAAGGUGUUGCUAAGCCAUUGUUAUGGUGUCCCUGGUGGUUGCUAUUUUGGUUUCAGUGCACAGAAUAAACCGUAGUGAAACGCUUUCUUCUCCAACAAAGCCUAACCAUUACAACAUAGGUUCAACAUGUGCUGAAUGUUGUAAAUAUCUCACCUUCCUCAUUCAUUCAUUCAUUCAUUCAUUCAUUCAUUCAUUCAUACAGUUUGUUCAUUAUUACCUCAUCACUCAUUCAUAUAACCCAGUACUCAGUGCUGUCCAGAAAUCCAGCACUGUUCAUUAAACCUGACCUCUUGUUCAGGAGUUUAUAAGUGAAGUGCAGAGCUAGCGGCGCUGUUUGUGUUGUCUCUACUGGGGACGUACCUGUGUAAUUGCACAGCCUGAACGAAAUGAAAAUUAAAUGAAGUGUAAAUGUCAAACAUCAGAACAUAAUUUUACGUACCCCCAACAUCAUUUGGCGCACCCCUCUGAGUAUGCAUACCCCAGUUUGGGAACCACUGCUCUAAACAAACACUGUAACGGUCUAUUAUGAAUAACUUUACUUUUUGACAAGCUGGCAAAUUGUGCGCUACAGUUUCACACUAUGAUGAAUAAGAUUUUUGCCAACAUUCUGUAAAGUUUGUCUAACCUCACAAAAGUAAAACACAUUUGUAGGCGGAGCAUCAUAGAGAGAAACGGUGAGGGUGUGAAAUCUCUCUGCCCCACACAAAGUCUACGAAGUGUACCUGCUGCCAGUGUGUGUUCCUCUCAUUGUUUUUUACUUCCUGUGAGCCACAGAUCCACAGCUAACACUGAUCUACCAGCAUUUUUGACGUUACCUGGGAGACAGACAAAACAAAGCAGAUGGUAAAGGACAGGCAACCUUUGAAGCUGCAGAUGUAAACAGAGGAGGCUUUGUUUUUGAUGGGGGGCCAAUCAAUACAAGACUGUUUUUCAGUUUGACAUGCCAUGUUUGUGAGGGAAACAGCAGAACCCAUUAGAAACUUUGAGCUGUGAUAUAUUAGUUCAUCUGAAGGCAAUCUAAUCCAGAUGUAUCUAGAUGUGAUCUACUGACACAAAUUACUAAACUGCACAUAUUGCAUCCAGAUUUGGGGGCCUUAGUAAUCCAGGGGUUUUGACAGAAAGUUUAACCUACAUAGAAACUACUUUUUGCAGUGUUUUUAUAUGUACUGUACAUAGUGCAAUUCAAUGUAGACCUUCAACAUGUAUACCUGUCAGAGGGCAUUUCUACUUGCUGAGUUUGAAUCUCAUUAUGAAACUGGAAUAAACAGGAUCAAAAGAAAAAAGGAUAUCUUAUAAAUGUGCCUACUUAAAAUUAGGUAAGAGGUUUGUUCUGUACUCAGUAUUUUUUGAUGUAUUAUACUGUUAUGCAAUCUGAAUAAUUAGGUGCUUAGAAAAUUAGUUGGAGUGAUAAGAGUUAAAAGUUUAAAUGAAUAUUAAUCUUGCAAAAUAAAACGGGUGUUUUCUCAGUGAGUGUUUUGUUAUUUUUUUUGGUUCCCUUUCCUUUAUUCCCAAAUAUUUCAUGUAUGGUUAUACUGUUAGUUCAUGGUUGUAGUUCACAUUUCAUAGAUGCCAUGUAGCUGCAUUUGAGAAAAGAACUGCAAAGAAUAAUGCUGAAAAAUAAAAAUCCAAAUCUAUCAUGA